AUGGCAGUUGACAUCAGUUGAUUCUUAACUAAAUGCAGUUUUCUAAGAUAUCUUCUAAGGAUCGCAUCAGCAUCUUUAACAAUUACAAUAGGUUUAAGCGACUUCCUUGUCUUUUGAGCAACAAUUCUUUGUAAAGUUGUGAUCAUUCCAAACAGUUUGACAUUUUCUAAAUUACUCAAAGCUUUCUUUUCUACAUGUUCUAUGCCUGAAGUAUGGUCUUUCCAUCUAUAUAAAGCUUUGCGUAGAGCAUCGUUAACACAUUUAACUGAAUCUUUAAGGGCAAGCUUGAUAAGAUUAUCAUCAUGAAUGGCUUUGAUUUUAUCCAAUGCUACUUGUUCUUUCCAUCUUCUCAAUGCCUCUCUUGGUCUUUUAAUUGCUUUUUUCUCAAGCUCAUUAAGAGUUGUUGCAAUAGGAUUUCCGUCCCCUUUAAUUCUUUUUGUGGCAUCUCUCAAAGUUCUAGUAGGGAUUUUAUUUAAGGUAUUUAAGAGUUUUUGUCCAUGAAGAUCGUUAUUAAGUUUGUCUUUUUCUGUUUCUUUGAGAUAG